CGGCAUUCCGCUUGCGACCAUCAUUAGCCGGAGCUAUCCCGAGCUAUUCAGCCACAACCUUACUCGUCCUUUACGUCAUUCCUCGGUGAUUCUUCCAUAUCUACUGGAAGAAAGAACUGAUAGGCGUCGCGUCAAUUGAAAUCAAGGCCAGACGGCUGCAGUUUCUAUUUCUGGUUCACCUUGUUGCCUUCCCUGUCCCCCACCGACCGACCGUUGCUGGGGACGUUGGAUUCGUUUCCAAGUUUCCAAGAAAAUACGUGCUUGCCUGCAAGAAUUUCCCGAACCGGCCACCACAAACCCACCUUUCUCUGCGCAUUCCAUCGGCCGAUCUCUUUGGUCCACGAUCGAAACGAUAAUCGUUGUGCUGGGCGACUGAGCUUGCCACUGUGACAUAGUUACUCACUGCGGGGCUACGACAUCCCAACCGCGAUCGGUUUAUUACUUUGACGCACUGGCAAACUCCGUUGAUGCAAUGAAAUUGCUGUCUGCUUUUGAGGCGUCUACACCGAGUGGGAUACUUUGCCGGCCGUCGAAAUAAGCCUGCUCGAGAGAGAUUCUAUGAGUGUGUACGAUGCGGUCGGGCCUACAGAAACCUGUCGCAGUCCCGUUUCUUGCUCUUCUUGUCUUCUCGCUGUUCAGUUUGGUGCCGUCGUUCGCGAAAGAAUGGGAUUUGUAUAGUUUCCGUUUUGGAUAUUUGGGCUAUCGCCGUCCUGACGUUCGCCAUGUUCCGCGCGUUAGCGAUGCCUUGGUCGAUGUGCAGCCGUUGCUACGGACGGAUAGUGGGCAGAGCAAGUCUUAUUUAGAGCGCACCGAUCAGCCGCUUUUGGAUCGCAAGUCGCGACCUCGACGGACGACGUUGGAUUCGUUGGCUGAGAAUCUGAUUGAAACCGCUCCUGUUCUCGAUGGUCCGAUAACGCGUCCCGUUGAGCAACCGUCGAGUCUCGUGCGGGGCGUCCGCGCGUUUAGAUCUCUUGUUUAUAAACAAGCUGACGAACAACUUCCUAUUCCUCAACCGUCCUUGCUCGACAGCUCCGGCAAGACGGACCCUACUCCCCAUACACCGACUGUCGAUUCACCUGUUACUCCAGCGACGCCUGCCGUGGUGGGAUCUUUUGAAAAAGGCCACGCGCGCGGGCUUACGAAUGGAAUCAACCUCACCGAAUCGAGAUUCUCCUUCCACUUCACCGCAACAUGGCAGCGGGCCUGCUAUCUUGUCCACCACCUUCAAACCUUUUUCGCAUCACCCGAACUCCUUAAUAAAAAGCCUCCUACCUCUAACUCAGCAUCUCUGGCAAAAGUUGACAAUAUCGUUUUGCCAGAAACAACACCCCAUGUCAAUCUCACAGCCGCACCUGCGCAUACCCCAGAGCCCGCAGCAGCUGAGGCACAAGCUACAAAACUUGAUCGGGACCCAGAAAGAUUGCGCGGCAGUUGCAUGGCGAUUGUGAUUAGCAUUGUCGUGGGUGUUAUGUGGUUUUGAUAAUGCUGACCACUUUGUGGCUCAUCAAAACACUGAAAACCAUACGGCCCCAUACCUCCCCUUUACUUUCUUCAUUCAUGAUUGAUGCUUAUUUAUGCCCUGCACCACUGGUGCUUAUCGCUGUGUACAUUCUUCUAUAUCCCCCCCACUCCUUUUCUUGUCGCUAUCUGUCAAAGCGACCGAUGACCCGGGGCCAUCUUGUCGUCCGUUUUCUUACACAUGCAAAUAUUGGGCUCCACGUUAAUGUUUUACGAACCUCGUUACUGGACAUACAUAAUAGGAGAGGGCUCCGUGUGGAGUCUGGAGAAUUGUCCUAGGUACAAUGUGUCGGAUCCUUGGGAUCUGACUUGAAUGGCCGGGUAUAGUGUCAUGGGCCAGCUUCCAGAUAUACAUGCCACUGGCUACUUCAGAAAUGAAUCAAUGCAUUACAUAUUAGCAA